UGUUAGCAAUUGUCUUCUUGUCAACCAUUUGUCAACAUAUUUUCAACAUCAACAAUUUUCGAUUGUGGUCAUUUGUUGACAAUUUGCUUUAACUUCUGGUGAAAAAUGUCGAUUCAAGAUAAAAUAUCCGCCUUAAUGGCUAGGCCUGGUCAAGAUCUUGUCGCGAAAGAUGACGUACCUUGGUGGUUGAAAACGGCUGGUCGAGGGGUAGGAACAGUCGGUGGAUUUAUUGCCGCUUUACUUGGCAUAUGGAAUUGUGUGUCGAUACUCACAGGCAAUGUUUCAGGAUUAAUUGCAGGGAUGUGGCAAAUUGUUGCCAGUUUUAUUGUACUCUGCGUUGAGGCCCCUUGCUGCUGUAUGUUUAUUGAUCAAGUACAAAGGUUUAGUGAUAUGGUGGAUAACAGACCAUAUUGGAAUCGAGCAUUGGGAUAUGUUAUAUUGGCCAUACCCCCAGUUAUAUUGGAUUUUGCCUUUUCGACCUUUUUUGGAAGUGGAUUAAUAUUUGCCACUGGUAUUAUUUAUGGUAUGAUGGCUCUGGGUAGAAAGGCCUCUGCUGAAGAGAUGCGCCAAGCAGCAGCCGCCGCUGAGAGCCGUCAAUCUACCACUCCAGCACCCUCUGCUAAUAUGCGAGCUAACUUGGUUACCAACGCUCAGCCGAUUGGUUUUUCUGGCGCACCAGUAUUCGAUAGCAACGUUUGAAGGAUUCUCCGCUUUCAUUCAACAUUUAUAUCCUUUAAACCCGAACAACCACGAAUUAGUUCCUUAUCUGAGAGUCAUCGUGAGCAAUUAUUUAUUUUAUCUCGAGUCGAACCAACGUACAGUCAGCUUAUAAGGCCUAAUUUAUAAUUGGACUUCUAAUGUUGUUAUUGGAUCAAAAGGAUUCUAACUUCAGUAGAAAUUUAAGAGGGACUGUUUUAAUAUCUAUAACAUAGGUUAUGAGUUUAUGGCUUUUGUCUAUAUGAACAUAUCUACAACAGAUUAAUUUGAAGUACUUCCAAUAUUGUUUUUAUUUGCAAAUUUAUUAAUUAUUUUUACCGUUAGACUGUUUAGGAAGUCAUAUAUUACAAGUACUUUAUAAUGAGAUUAAGUAAACAAUGCCAAAUAUUUUGUCUUUUUAGUUGUAGUCAUUUAUAUUGUAUAAUGUGGAGAACGUGAUACAGACUUGUGAGAUUUAUAUUGUAUAUUUAUAUUGAUUGAAGGCUGAUUUGCAACUGCUUAUUUUUGACAUAUUUAUUCCAUAUAAAUACGCAUUCCAAUAUAUUUUUAAGCUAGGAGGGAAUGAAUAUUAGAUGAAUAAUGGGAUAUUUAAAAUUGUUGGUAUCAGGGUCGGAUUAUUCAUAUUGGGGUGUCUAGGCAAUUUAUGUCUUGGGUCCCUUUACCUUUUCCUAACUUUUUACUACUUACUAUUUAUUGAAAUAUAUAUUUCUAUCACAACACAAUUUUAUUCAUAAUGAUACUGUUUUAAUUACAUUGUGAGGGUCCCAUAGGUCACCAGUCCCCAACCCCAUCUGGGAACCCUAUAUAUGUAUAAUUUGAUCCUGAUUGGCAUGAGUUGAGAUUUAUAAUUUAUUGUCGUACUAAUGUUCUUAUCUUACAAGGAAAAUAUUGAAUAAUUAAAUUAUUUUAUUACAUCUUCUAUACUUGCAUUCGCCAUUUUAUAAUACCGUUUUUUAUUUGAAUGUUUCUUAAUCUAUGAAUAUCAUGGCAAAUAAUUAUUUGUAUCACUUUUCAGAUAUUAUAUCUUAUAUAUGAUUUUUAUUAGAUAUGUUUCACAGAGGUCAAGUUUUAGCAGAGAGGUAAAUGUUUUUGAACAUACCUGUAACAAUUUAUUUGUACACAUUUUUAUAGAUACUCAGAGGUUUAAGUUUCAGUUUUAACAUAGUAUAUCAAAAAGUGGUAUGGUCAAGUUUGCUUUGAAUUAUAAAAAAAAAUAAUUCUUGUGUUAAAUUGCAUUAGAAUUCUUUUAUUUGUCAAAGUUAUAGCUAUCUUGAUUAUAGAACUUUUUGAUGGUAUCGUAUGUUUUACUUUUUUGUAGUUGCUUGGUAAAUUUAUAUAAACUUCAAUUCAUAUAAUAUAAACAUACCUAUUGAUAGUUAUUAUUUAAAAAUGAGAACAUAUUAUUAGACAGACAAAAAAUAAUUUUGGAACUACGUGUAAUUGGUACUAGUGUUUUAAAAUUUUGAUAGAUUAUAUUUAAAUUUUGUUGCAACUGUUUUAAUCAAUGUAACAAAGAAAUUAUAAUGUUAAUAGCAAAGGAAUAGAACGGGAUAUCAUCUUUUUAAUUAUAGCAUUCGUUUUUGUUAUGUUUUUGUAUACCUAUAACAUACAUACUACAGUCUGACAAACCGAUCUGAAACAACGGGGCAACAGUAAGGGGAUCGCAGUUUUCUAAAAAUAUGGCCGACCUCAUUCAUAAAAUAUCCGGAAGCGUGCGGAGUUUUAUGAAAAUAUAUCAAGAAUUUUUAUCAUAUUUUCCAGUAAAAUUUAUAAUAUUAUUUUACUUUAAAUGUAGCUACAUCUUGUUUACUGAUUUGCUAAAUAUAGUAAUAUUUGUUAAAACACGUGUAGUAAUUAUAAUAGACAAAUCACUUUAAAGGUAUAAACUACAAUACAAUAACACCCGCCACUGGCUUUUUCAAUACUAGUCAAUAUUCUAGGGAGGGGCCUAAAAUUUGGCAAAAUACCAACGUGCAGGCAUUUCUACCAAUCAGGUUGGUUGAAUUCGGGAUGCCAUGAUGAAUUUUGUCAACGUUGCCGGCUUGCUUUAAAUGGACGAUAUCUUUAGGACAUAUUUACCAUUAUUUAUAAUAGGGUCAAUGAAGUAAAUCAAUUAUUUAGAUAAAUAUACAUCUAACAAUAAGAACUUCUUUAAGAUAAGUAUUUUAUAUGGAUGUAUAUAAUUAUGUAUGCUGAAAUGAACUAAAAAUAUAUUUGAUGUAUAGGUAAUAUCGAGCAAUUUUGCUUUUCUACUAUUAAACGUAAGAACAUCGAUUUUUUUGCUUCUGUUGUAUUAGAUCCGUUUGUCAUAUGACAUCUACAAGAAUAUUUUAGGCUUAAUAUCUACAUAAGGCUCGUUAUUGUUAUUUUUCAUUAGAUUUGAUGGCUUUAGGGCAAAAACAUGGUAAGCGCCAUUUUACUAAUUUUACAGGAGAGCAGUGGGCGGCUGGUUGUUAUCAGGUUCUUUCCCUGUCUUCUAUAUUUUUAUUAGGCAGGGAGCAGUUGACAUAUUAUAAUAUUGUAAAACCCUAAAACUAAGAAAUUUGUGCUUAUCAUGUUUUUCCCCUGGACACUUCAUUUUGGAGAGGGCUAUUUAAAGUUUGGUUGAACCAGUGGCGGCUCGUCAGGGUAGGCAAGGUAGGCGGCGCUUACCCUAAAAUUUUGGCAGAAAUUAAGCGGUUUAUUAUAUUACAUUAUUUACUGUUAAUGUUGCCAAUACAUAAAAAUACUGUUAAUACACGGAAGUGUGUUGUAAUAAUCAAUAUUAUUUUGUGGUCUUGUAUAUUAAAAUAUUCACUACCGCUUGUGUACGCUGACUAUACCGUUGCGUUAGAAAAAAAAAUAAUUUUGACCGUUGGAGUGCCUUUGUUCGGCGAUUUCUACAUCGCCUACUAUCAGAGUCGAUGCACGACGUGCGGCAGUCUUCUGUCUCUGUCUACCUCAUCGUACGGUAGCGAUGGACCGUAAGUCGGAGUUGUAUCGUAUUAAGGCGGGGCUUAGGCGAAAUCUCCUGUCGCCUUCGCAUGAAGUCGUGGAGGCUCGGUAGGCUCAGAAGUUAAGGGGAUAUUCCCGAUAUUUCAUAAGGGGAUAUAUCGCAUUUCGUUAAGGGGAUAUUUCAUAUGAUCAUUAUACAUAGCAUUUAAAACUUUUAUAUGAAAAUUCAAAAAACGUUUAAAACAAAUUUGAAACGUUAUUCAAAAUGAAAUAACCGAUUGUAUUUCAAAACACGCCACAGAAAUAAAAGAAUCCGAAAUAAAAGAGCGCGUUAGUUUAUUCGGUGCAAGAAGAACGAUACAACAGAUAUUACAGAAAAGUCUCAGUGUGGUAAUUCAAUUCGAUAUGUUAAUAAAUGUUAUUUUAUGAAAUAUUAGAUAACAUGGUUAUUCAUUUAGAAAGAAGGUUGCAGAUAGGUACUCGUAUGUCUCAAUUAUUUUUAUUUAUCCUAAUAAAUCCGAAAUUUAAAGAAUCCUAUAAAAAAAUUUCCAACGCAUUUAAUAUUGAUUAACAAACAAAAAAUGUUAUUGACCAACAUAAAUUAAUGAAUAAGUUGCAGGUAUAAUAGAUAUGAUAAUUUCGAUUAUACAAUAAUUUAAGGAGAAUAAUCCUGGAAAUAUAUUUGCAGAGGCUUUCAAAUCGUUUGUUUUGAUUGUUACUACACCAUUUACAAGUACUUGGGUUGAAAGACAUUUUGCAUGUUUGAAAUGCAUUAAAAUUUAUUGUAGAGAUUCCAUGAAAAAUAAACGUUUAUCAACACUCGCCUUAUUUUCAAUCUAAAAAGAUCUUUUCACAGCCCUUCAACAAUCUGAUUAAUUUACUGAUAUAAUAUUAAAUAACUUUUCUUUAUCAAGAGACCGACUUAUCAAUUUUUUAUAUAAAACAUAAUUAUUCUUUUUCUCAACACUACCAAUUUUUUAAGUUUGCGUAAAUAAAAAUAAAAUAAAAUUCUAUGAUGUACUCCAUAGUAACUCCAUAGUAAUAGAUGAAAAAAAACGUAUACUUGUACAUUAUGUCAUUACCUUGAAUGUUGUCAUUUGUUUAACCCAGAGAUAACAUAUAUCUACGAACUGGGUUAGGGUAUUAUGAAAAUUUAGGAGGGGGGG